AUGGCGACACUUCUCCGUGACCCGAACAUCGAUAAUUACGACAUCAUUGCUAUUCAGGAGCCCUGGAGGAACCCCUACAGCGCAACGACGCACCAUCCGGCCAAGGAUCGGUUCCACCUGUGCUACCCCCUCGGCGAGGAAAAUGGCCCAGCCAGGGUCUGCUUUUUCAUCAACAAGAAGCUCGACCACUCUCGUUGGCAGUUUAGGGAGGUCAGCAGAGAUCUCUGCACUCUGGUGAUCGCAACAGAUGACGAUACCGAAACAAGCCUAGUGCUACAUAAUGUGUACAACCCGUCACCGCGGGAGGAAGAUCGACAGCCGGUCCUACAGCAGCUACGAACAACACUGGAAACCCACCAGCACGUCGAGCAAAUCGUCGUCGGUGACUUCAACCUACACCAUGAGCUGUGGGGAGGCAGCGAUAUCCGAGCGCCGGACCGCGAAGCAACCGAGCUCUUAGAUCUAAUGGACGACAUGAACCUCACGAGUCAACUGAGAGCGGGAACCAUUACGUACGAAGAAGGAGACCGCCGGACAACCAUCGACCUCUGUCUUGUUACUGUAGGUCUUGUUGACCGAAUGAUCAGAUGCGAAGUAGAUCACAACAUCAACCAUGACUCCGAUCAUCUACCCAUAGCAACGUCGCUGCACCUAGCAGUGACCGAGCUACAGCGAGAGGAGAAACGAAAGUGGGAAGCUAUUGAUAAGGAAAAGUUUAUCGAGACUCUCCGUGGAUCGCUGCCGCAGCUACGAAGGCCAAGAACGAAGGCGGCGCUCGACAGAUAUGUAGAGACAACCAUGGACGCCCUCUCAGCCGCUAUCAAAGCCGCGGUCCCGACCAGCACCCUCUCACCAAAGUCCAGGAGAGGCUGGGAUGAGCAGUGCGCAGCCAUCCUGGCCGAGACGAAGCGACUCCGCCGCGACCACAGCGAGCGACAGACAGAGGAGAGCUGGGAGGCAUACAGAACAGCACGCAACAGGAAAGGACGCAUCAUCAAGAAAGCUCUCCAACAAGCACACCGCGAAGCAGUCGAGACAGCGGCCGAGUCACCUAGAUCGCUGUGGAAGAUCGCCAAAUGGGCCCGGAAUAGACAAAGCCAGCCGCCUACCGUUACGCCGGAAAUCAAGAAACCCAACGCGUCUCAGGUCGCCACAACGCCUGAGGAGAAAGCAGCACUCUUCAAGGAGACCUUCUUCCCCCCUCCGCCAGAGGCAAACCUCGAAGACAUCGACAACGCAUCGUACAACAAUCCGAUAGGCCUGCCGCCAGUAUCGGAAAGCGAAGUAGAAGACGCCAUCCAGGAAGCAGCACCGCUGAAGGCCCCGGGCCCCGACGGCAUCACGAACCUGGCACUUCAAGUGGCGAGACCUUGGAUCACGCCACAUCUCGUCCGCAUAUUCAACCAGAGCCUCCGACUAGGAUAUUGUCCACAACACUUCAGAAAGUCCACCACGGUGGUGCUCAGGAAGCCAGGCAAAGACAACUACACAGUGCCCAAAGCAUACAGGCCGAUAGCCCUCCUCAACACGCCACAUGGGCGGGAGAAGACGUCGGUCGACGGAACACGCACUGCACCAAAUCGUGGAUAG